CGAGCGGUGAGCGGCAGAAGAGGAGUGGGGUUGAUCGGUGGUGCGUCGUCACAUGUCAGCGGGCAGCAUCAGCAGUGGAUCAAUGCACAAAAAGCCGUCAGUUGUGUCCCCACUGUGAAUCUGUACCAGAGUUGCUGGAAAGGAGCGAGGUGUAUGCUGGAAAGACUUUAAGCUGAUAUGAAGACUCAGUAGCUCCCAUCAGUGAAUAGUGCAUCAUAAACUUAUCCAGGACUGAUAAACAUUGAAGAUGAAGAGGAUUCCUCUGAGUUGCAUGUUAUUUUGUUACGUCACUCUGCUGACCUGGCAAAGUAUAAUGAUGUUGCAGUGCGGCAAGUGGGAAUUUGAGGACAAACGAGGUCACUGUGUCCCCUGCUUUCCAUGUCUUCCUGGACAAGAGCCUGACAAGGAAUGUGGUUACGGUAAAGGUUUUGAAAUGAGCUGCAGGAGCUGCAUACAGGGCACUUUUAAAGACGGCUAUGGUUUCGGGUCCUGUAAACCCCACAAGGACUGUGCAAGUUUGAGGAAGACGUAUAUUCGUCUGGGGACACCAAUGACAGAUGCUGCCUGUGGACACUGUUUGCCAGGGCAUUAUACCUCAGUUGAAGAAACCUCAGGUGUAGAGAAAUGUCUUCCAUGUUCAUCUGCUCCAAUGGGAACUGUGGAAUGUUCGGGUUUUUAUUCCCAGCUCGUACGUGUGGCACGGAAUACCCAGCAUGCACAUCAGGCAGGCCUCUCAAAGUCUUCCAAUGAGAGCAAGGAGGUGGCACAAGAGGAAAAGCACACAGAAUAUGUUGUCUUCGCAUUGGUGCCAGUCUUCUGCAUUGUGGGAUUGUGUGGCAUUUUCAUUUGCAAUUUCCUAAAGAAGAAAGGAUACCGCUGUACCUCGGAAAAAUCUGAUGAGGAAAGCUCCAAUGGAAAACUGGCUAUUAACGCGAUUCCCUUCAGGUCAGACGAAACCAAUGAAGACACAAUUGGUGUGCUGGUGCGGCUGAUCACAGAGAAGAAAGAGAAUGCUGCAGCCUUGCAGGAGUUGUUAAAGGAGCAUGAACUCUUGGAGGUGACAGACUCCAACAAUGUGGCAGAAAUUCACAGUAAAAAUGCAUCAGAAAAGUUGGUUCCAUUGUUGAGCAUUCCCAAGCUUUGUAAGCACCACCACGUCCACACUGUACAGACGUCGGCAACCCUGUUGGGUUCCAGCUGUACACGAUGCAGUCAGAAGAAGUGGCCGAACUGUUGCUGAAUCCUCCCAUCCGGAACACCACAAAAACUGUCAAAGUAGGAACCCGGGCCACAGGCCUGGUGAAAUCACCAUCCUAUCCAUUGGCAGGUUCCGUGUUACCCAGAUUCCUGAACAGAAGCAGAAUUUAGUUGAUGGGAAAAAUCUGCCUGCGUUAAAGGAAAAUGAUUCAGUGGACAUUACCUGUGACAGCUCAAUGGACCAAAAAUUGCUGGGCUCAGUAAAAUGCCCAAAAUACACAGCCAGCCAGCAAGAGGUUGGUGACUGACUGGAAUUUAUUGAAGAUCCUGAAGAGGUCUGUAAGUUGCCCCCAGCUGGGGCUGAAGCAAAGGUGGAAAAUACAAGCCUUGGAACUAACAACAUUUAAGACACAAAAAAUCCCUUUCCCAAAUACUGUAGAUUAUCUGUGGCAAAAUGUGAGGAAGCCUGGUCUACCUGAAGAACUGCUGGGAAACACACUCAGUUAUGUGAACACACUUGGAAAGCUGAGAUUGGAGGAGCAAGGCCCAACAACAGCCCUAAAGCACAAAGUCCUACCUUUUCCUUCCCCUAUGUUAUUUUUAUAAUUGUAAAUUUUCUUUGGAAAAUAAGUUAUAACCUCAACUGCACACAAAGGUGCUAUUAUCUAUUUGUUUUCCCUUGGAUUUUUUAGUAAUAUUCAUUUGUUUGAUAAAGUUUCAUGCUCUCCUAGAUUUUUAGAUUCUAUUUUGAGGGCAACCAGAGUGCUUCUGUGGAACUAAGCUUAACAACAACCUUGUAUUGGUUCUACUAUUGGACCACACACUAUAACUACACAAGUCCAAGUUAUAGGACCAACAGCCAGUAGAGUAGGAAGAGGUAACUUUGCUUUGUUUUAAAGGAAAAAUGCAAUAAGAAGGCACGUUAAGCAGCCAGUUCUGAACAUGGUAUGAAAAUUAGUGAUUAAUAGGAAAGUCAAGAUUCAUUUCUUGCUGUUAUUUUAAAAAGGGACCAGUGUUUAAAGCACUCUCAUGAAACAAGUAAUGGCAAUGUUGUCCUUCCCAAAAAAAAAGCUUUCCCUGUGGUAAAUGAAUCAGAACAAAUCUGACCCAUUGACCAUUUUAAAGUAUUAAAGACAGGAACAAUAGAAAAAUAUCUUUCAACAUGGUGAAAAAAUAUGCAGCUUUUCUACUUCCUAUCUUCGUAAAUUGUGGUACUGUAAAGAGGUUUAAAAUGUCAAAAAGCAAUAAUAUAUCUUUUUAAAAGGAAAAAUCUAAUAAUUCAUUGAGCUACCUCUACAUUGCUGCCAUUUAGACAUGCCUGGGCUGCCAUUUGUUUAAGAAAGGGGAGGGUAUUUAGUGAUGUUUAACUUGGUGUUUGCUGUGUACUAACAGCACAUGCCUUCCCUUUGUUAACUAACUGCUGAUUUGUGUGGGUGUGGUUGAUGCCCACUGUUGCAACAGCUGUGUUUGCCUCAACCAGAAACUGGCAAAUCAUGCAUAGCGGAACUAGUUUAUUUGCGUAUGUGGAAUGUCUUGGCUUUGAAUUUAUUGUAUAGUCACUGUAAAUGCUUCAUGGGAGGAAACUGAGGCAGAGAUCCUAAAUGGUGAAGAGGCAAGUGGUCCAUGAUAGCUAUUCAGUUUAUUCUUUGUUUACUUACUGAUAGCCCUAACCUCAUUUGUAGAAUGCAAUCUUACUUUUUGGGGGGGGGGGGUGGUGGGAGGGAGAAAGAGGGGGGGCAGAAUUUGAUGUUCUGCCUGUGCAAUGAAAAUCCACCAGUUUGAGGUGUGCAUUCACCUGGUAUGUGCACAGCAGAGCCAUAUGCUAAGUAAUGCCUAGAGUUGGAACAGUCUGAGUGAACUUUCAUUACUGUGAUCCAAUUUCUGACAUGAGGUUCGAGUCAGAAAUGCAGACAGUAGUCGUCUGAUAAGAGCCUUGAGUUCUGGAGGUAAUUGUGAUAAAUGCACCACAAUCUUAAACCAGUAAUCAUAACAAGCCAACCAUUGAUUGUAGAACAAUAUACUAUUAUAUCCUGAAUUGUUAGAAACUGCAUUGGGUGGGUCAAACACCAAUGAAACAGGACUGCUUCCACCAAUUUGGAUUAGUGCAAGCAUAAUUAUUUCUUUAAAAUAUUUGUUUUUGUUUCAUUAGUGUCCUUUGUGUAAAAUGCUAAUAAAAUGCAAUUUUAAGAGGAUUAUAAAGAGCCAUCCAUUGACCCACAGUAUUCAGUGAGGAUGGUUACAUUGGCCUGCAUGCAUUAUUUUAUCUACCUUUAGACUUUUUAAUUGGGCCAGUGGUUUGAAGAAAAAUUUUUUUUUAAAAAAAAGAAUCACAGCAUUUUCACAUGCAACAAAUCUGAACUGACUAAAUUCAUUCAGACAAGAGUGUUUCUACAGCAAGUGAUAUAUCCAGAGCCGCCAUCAAUGGCAACUUGGAAUUUGCAUUUUACUGGCAGUACUUUUGGAAAUUGGGAAAGAGGCUGGGGGUUCUGAGGCAGUUACUGUAAAUGUGGGCUAUUGCUCCUGCAGUGCCAAUCAUUGUUUACCAAGGACAGGAGCAUGCACACAGUCAGUGCAAAUACACCAGUCUUGAUUUUGAAGAUUUACUCUGACCAUGAAGUGUUUUGUAACUUGUCCUGCAAAACAAAUGGAGUGGUUUCAAUGGCAGAGGACCAGCAUAGUAUAGAACUAAUCCUUCAGUCCGAUAUUGCCAGUAAGGAUAGGACAUCCAAGAUGCCAAUUCUAUAAUCUGAGUUUGCACAGACUACAGCUCAUGGUUUAUGUUAAGUGGAAUCUUUGUCCUGGUCAAACAAAAUAAAAACUUCUAGCUCCAUACUUGCUACAGGGAAAGGAAACAGCAUUUUAAAUUCACACAUGGCAGAUUAUUGAAACCACUAUUGGUGUGUUUAAUGAGUAUUUAGAGAGAGAAUCUGUUAAGUGUAGCACUGAAAAUGUGAUUCCUGAUUCAAUCCCCUUUUGUAAGACUUGUUUACAGCAUUUUAAUUUUGGGUGAAAAUUAAUUUGUAUAUUGCUGCUUUUUAAACUUGUUACUGUUUUAAUUUAUUUCUGGUUGUGUAACAUUUUUAGGACUUUCUAUAAAGUACUGACAUGUUCAAGUAGAUGCACUGAAUACAAACCAUUCUUGUACCAUGUGUUGUAUUUAUUUGGUUGGGUUUUGUUGCAGGAUUUUUAUUUGGGUUCUACUCAAUGAAAUAAAAUUUGUUAUUGUGUUGUAACAUCAG